AUGAACUUCGUGCGUACCCAAAAUUAUAGCGGAGACAAAGGGUCAGGUGGCCUCAUUGACUUUACUAAAAGCUCCCUACUCAGUACAGAUCGCGAAGCACCGGCACCAAAAGAACGCCGUCGUCCGCAAGGAGAUAAGAAUGAAAUCCAGUUUAAACCAAAGGAACUUUUUAGUGACAGAGACCUUGAAUACAUAGCAGAGAAUCUUACAUCAGCAACUGCUAUUGCAUCAGCUUUCAGCGAGGAGGACAUCGCACAUUUAGACAAUCUCGAGCGCAAACGUAAUCAGCUUUGGAAGAAGCGUAAACUUGAGGAGGAAGAGUUUGCAAGGGAAGCGGAGCGUGUGCGAAAAUCGUUGUCAGAAAAGGAGGACCUCGAACUUUUAACUAAUAGCGACGAGACUGACCAGUCUACCGUUUCGGAGGUUAAGACAUCACUCUUCACAGUAACACGGAAGGAUACCGUACGGCCAAAAGUGAACCUUAUGGGUGAAAAAGUAACUAACGAGCACGAAAUUGAGACAUCUAAAACAUCUGCAGAAAGUGAAUCUGCUUUGGUGGCAGGUUAUUCUUCUGACGAAGACUAG